UUGACAAGAAAGUUGUGUACAUUUUUAUUUAAAUCUAGCCAUGGGAAAGAAAUCGAAGACAGGAAAAUCGCGAAAGGAUAAAUUUUAUCAUCUUGCUAAAGAAACAGGUUACAGAGCAAGAUCUGCCUUCAAAUUAAUACAGUUGAACAGGAAAUUUGAAUUUCUACAGAGGUCACGAGUUGUAAUUGAUCUCUGUGCUGCUCCUGGAGGCUGGCUGCAGGUGGUUGCUGAGAAUACCCCAGUAUCUAGUGUCAUUAUUGGUGUUGAUUUGGUUCCAAUCCGCCCCAUUCCAAAUGUGAAAACUUUGGUAGAUGACAUUACUACAGAUAAAUGUAGACAGGACUUAAAAAAAGAGCUACUCACUUGGAAAGCUGAUGCUGUGCUUAAUGAUGGUGCCCCCAAUGUUGGAAAGAACUGGCUUCAUGAUGCUUUUCAGCAAGCACAACUGGCUCUACAGGCUUUGAAGCUUGCCACAGAAUUUCUAAAGAAGGGGGGAUGGUUUGUGACAAAAGUUUUUCGCUCCAAAGACUACUACUCCUUAAUGUGGGUGUUCCAGCAGUUGUUUAAACAUGUCCAUGCCACAAAACCACAAGCAUCUCGUAAUGAAUCUGCAGAAAUCUUUGUUGUCUGUGAAAAAUUCUUAGCUCCGGAUAAAAUUGAUCCCAAGUUUCUGGAUCCAAAGUAUGUGUUUAAGGAUGUAGAGGAUGAACCCAAACCAGCCAUUAACCUGAUUCACCCUGAGAAAAAGAGGAGACAGAGAGAGGGUUACCCAGAGGGAGACUAUACAUUGUUUCACAGCCUGAAGGCAUCCGAGUUUAUCAACAGCAACAACUACCUUGAUCUACUGGCACAGAGCAAUGAGGUUGUUAUUGAUCUUCCAGAAAUUGCCAAUCAUAAAGAAACCACAGAGGAACUGAAGGAGUGUCUUAAAGACAUCAAAGUUUUAGGGAAGAGAGAAAUUAGAAAUAUCAUCAAUUGGAGGAAGAAAAUAAAAAAAGACAUCGUUCCAGAGAAAGAGAGUCAUGUUCCCAACAAACAAGAACUUGAGGAGAACAGUGAGGAUGAAGAAGCACAGCUUGAGGAGAAGUUAGCCGAGCUGAAGGAGGACGAACGCAAGGCCCUCAAAAGGAAGUUAAAGAAAAUCAGAAGAGAAAAGGCCAAACUGAGGCAUAAAAUGGACAUGAAGAUGGUGAUCCCUGGGGAUAGACAUGACCUCUCAGAUGAUGUGGCUCUCUUCAAUUUAAACAAGAUCAAAAGCAGAUCUCAACUGGCCAGUGUUGAAAAAGGGGACUCUCAGGAAGCAGAUGAACUAGCAAUGGAAGAGAAUGAAGAAGUGGAGGAGGUCGUCAGAAAAAUGAGGUCGUACGACAGAGACAGUAAGGAGCACCUAGAUGACCUUGACCUAUAUUCAGAUGAGGAGGGGGAGGAAGAGCCGGAGUUUUUGUAUGAUUCAGCAGAGGAUGAUUUAGAAUUUGAGGAGGAGGAAGAUGGAAAUCCCUUAGUUGUCAGUCUACAGGACAAAGACAGCAUGACUAAAAACAGGUCCAAGGCAUGGUUCAGUAAGGCAUCAUUUGCAGGUAUAGAGGAUGAUGAUGAUGAAGACAUGGAAAUUCAAACAAUGGCUGCCAACUACAAGAAAAAAGGAGGGAAAAUUGUGGAUGAUAUUGACAGUGGAUUGUCAGAGCAGAGUUUUGAAUCUGACAAUUUUACCAACACUAAAUUAGGCUCUAGUAAUUCAAGUGAUGAUGAUGAUGAUGACGAAGAUGAUGAUGAUGGAGAUUCAUCAGAUAGUGAUUAUGACAUCAAUGAAAUUAGAAAUAAACAGAAUAUUCAAAAUGGCAAGCCCUCAAAGAAAGGAGGAUUUGAAGUUGUUCCACAAGAUGAAAGUCUUCCCAGACUAGAUGCAGUAGGUAUGGCUAUUGGAUCUCAGAUAGUCCAAUCCAGAAAGAGGAAGAGGGAAGUCAUAGAGGGAGGCUACCACAGGUACAUGUUUAAUGAUGACAACCUUCCAGACUGGUUUGUUCAAGAUGAAUCUAAGCACUGUAGAAUUCAACUCCCAGUCUCUAAGGGAGAGAUUGAAGAAUAUAAAAUGAAAAUGAAGGCACUCAAUGCAAGGCCAAUAAAAAAGAUUGCCGAGGCUAAAGCCAGAAAAAAACGGAAGGAAGUGAAAAAGUUGGAGAGAGUAAGGAAGAAGGCUGAGGCGAUUUCUGAUACAGCUGAUAUUGCUGACAGAGAUAAAUGGAUGCAGAUUAAACAAAUUUACAAGAAAGCUGGUUUACUGUCAAAGAAGAAGAAAGAAAUAACCUAUGUGGUAGCUAAAAAGGGGACUGGAAAAAGAGUGAGGCGCCCACAUGGGGUACAGGGGCCCUUUAGGGUAGUCGAUCCCCGAAUGAAAAAGGACAAUGUUAAAGAGAAAAAGUCUAAUAAAAUGAAAGGAAAAAAAGGAAAAGCAACUAAAGGAGGAAAAAAACUGGGAAAAAAUAAAAGAUAG